GAAAUACCUAUACGUACCUAUAGUCAGCCCAUUUGUUGCUAUAACGAUAAAAUGAACUUAAACAAUGCACUUUUGUUUUAGUUAUUUGACACCUUAAUGACAAUAUUUCUUGUAAUGAUUGACAAUCGAUCGUGUAUAAUAAGUAGCUGUAAAUAAAAACAAACAAGUCCGCUCUUCUACUUUUACCACCUUAGUUUACUUUUUUGACAGAUAUAUUGAUGUUACGGACUAAACGCCCUGGCCGAAUAUUAAAACGUUUAUUGAGUCAUUUACGUUCAAGGGUUACAAGACGGUGUACUUGUAAGAAUAAUUACCGAUAAUUACCGAAUAAUGACCGAAAUGACAAUUUAUGCGUCCGAUGACCCGGAUUUGUGGAGCGUUCUGUGUCUAAAAAAGAAACCCCUCAGUGUUUAGCGUUCUAUUUUUAUCGUGAUUAUUUCGAACUUAUUGUAUUGUUUUUAGGAUACAUAUUAAUAUUUAUUUAUGGUUCAAAGUUUGCAGACGAUAAAUGCACAAAGAUCUGAGCAUAGCAUAAAUUGCUGAAGUAAAAAAGGAUAGCAAUAAGAAAACUUUAACAAUUCAGAAAAAGAUAAAAAAAUAUAUGUAGUUCUUGAUAAAUGGCAAACCGACAAGGAUGUAAAAUUGUAAUUCCUAAUGUGUCUUAACAAAAUUAGUAAUAGGAAAUUAGGAAGUUGAAAUCAGGAAGUGGAUAUCAGAAAGUGGAAAUAAGGGAGCGGAAAAUACACACAGUGAUUCACAAUGUGGCAUGAACUUAAAAGAUUAUUCCGUAAAGGGAGACAAUCUCAGACGCGAAGCCGUUCACAAUCAAGGAGCCGCUUUGGAGACAUGCCUGAUGUCGAUUUGUACGAUAGUGUUGACAUAGGGGAUUCUCCUGCAAGCAAGAGGAAUAGCGGCUCAUCAUUAUUCCGACGGUCCGGAGACUUCACCCGAUCCCCUCCAGUUGUUUUUGACAACCCUGCUUAUAGGCGUUCGUUUGAGUUACGUCCCAGUCGAUACAACAGUUGGUACGAUCCUGACGCCACGGAUUUUAACUAUUCUCAGAAUAAUGCAAACCUAAUAGCCAGAAAAUCCCGAAACUCAGAGAGACGCUCUGUUUCAACAUCUCGGCUAAAUGAUAAAAAUACGCAUGCGCAAGAACAUCGCCGUCACGGAAGUAGUAGUUCCUGGCAUUCAUCCAUACGCGAUCACGUACCCAAAAUGUUGAACAGUAGUAGUGAAGGCGAUUUUGAACAAAGGUCGCCGUAUCUUUAUAGUUCCCAAAAUAGAUUGAUAAGCAAUGGUGUCAACAAUUCUCCCGGUCUACCAAGGACUCCAAUUGAAAACGUAGGGAAUCAAAAAAGACCAAACUCGAAAUCAAAACAUUCGUAUAGGUCAAGGUCUUAUGAUCCAGAUUUGUCCACAGGGUCUGGAUCAUUGGAGGAAACUCAAUUUAUGUCGAUAAAUAAUGAAAGGUCAAGAGGUCAAUAUAUGAAACAUAACCAAAGCAAGAAAAAUGUAGCCCGUGAAAGGAAAGAAAAAAUGAGCAAACGAAAGGACAGACGACCAACAGAUAUUGACAUUCCUCACGAUAGAAUAUACCGAAAUAAUAGUGAAAAUAGAAAUAAAUAUUCACCAAUACAAUACCCGCGAAAUUCCAGCUAUAGAGGAACCGAGUCUCACAUUCUAAGUUCUAAUUUACAUCCCGUUUCAACGAACUAUAACGGCGUAGGAGACAACUACGGUCGAAAUCGAAGCAGAACGAAUAGUGAUAGGAGCCCGGAUGUGGAUGAUUAUUACGCGGGUCAAGGGAGAUCAUUCAGAGAUAUAAGUUCAGACAAUAACAGACGAUACAACAACAGACAUAGUUCAUACAAACCUGAUAGAAAUGAAAUAUACAUGUUUCAAACAAAGCUAUAACAGGGAUCUAUAAAUAGUAUCUAUUUCAUGUCUCUGGUUAUAAUGUAUUUUAUAAGCUGAUUUUUUUCGACCGAAGUCCGUGUGAGAGCGGUUUGACUUCCGUCCAAACUAUUAAAUAAUCUAAAGGAGUAUCGGAAAUAAAACUUUCUAGUUUAAAUUUCUUGGAUAUUUGAGAUAUCUGAGAUCUGUGAAACGUGUUUCCUCCCAUUUUACACUGAUUUUUGACUUUCAUUAAUUCUCAAAUGAAUAGCUUAAUCAACAUGAGAAGAUAUUUAGUUAUAAAAUACUUUUUUAUAAGUUUUGUCCCAAUAAAACGGGACUACCAAUAACGCUCACGAUUCCGGAAACACAUGUGUAUACCAAAAGACAACAACAACAAAAAAAUCUCGACAUUGUCUGGCACUCCCAUUAGAUUAUGUUCAGUGUUCAUAAUAUUGAUGCUUUUUGAUGUGUUCAAUUUAUAGAUUUCUAAAUUUCCUUAUUUAUUACAUAUUUAUAAAGCAUAUAUCAAUAUGUACAUGAGUACGUUAGUGUAAGGUCCACUUUCCGAAACACGAUAGUUUCAUUGAGAAACAUAUCUUGCAGUGAUUCAUGAUCAUAGAUAUAAACAUUAAAUGUAAUGACAAAACUCCGAAGUAAAAAAAGCACUUCGUCCGGGUAUGUUUUUAUAGAUUCUUCUUGUUUCCUCUCGUAUUUUAAUCGGCUAUGCCAGCUUCAGCUUUGAUAGAAUCUUUUUGAUAACUUUUUGCUGUUUGGAUAACACUUCUCAAAACCAUAUCUUAAAUACAUGUUCAUGUUUUAUUUUUAUAAAACAUUCUUUCAAACUCUU